AUGACAGUCGCAGAAAGAAAAGCGAUUCGAAAAGUGGCCGGGCAGCAUCUCCGAACAGCUUACGGCAUCAAGGUCAAGAAGUGCAACCAAAAAAAACAGGUCCGUUAUGAGUCGACAGCAACCAAGUCGACAAAGGUCUUUGGUGUGCCCUUGGAGUGCUUGCCGUGUUCUCAGAUGGAGUAUGGGAGUGUCCCUUGCUUUCUGGUGGAUGCAUGCAUGAACUUGCUGGAGCAUGUCGACACAGAGGGCCUGUUUAGAGUAUCUGGCUCUCUUGCUCACCUGAAGACACUGCAGAAAAAAUUGGAUUCUGGUGAAGAGUGCCUGUCUGUCUGUCGUCCUUGUGACAUGGCCGGCCUGGUGAAGAAAUUCUUCAAGGAUUUGCCAGAACCCGUGCUACCCACCAAGAUGCAGGAGGCCUUCCUCAAGGCACAGCAUCUCCCCACCAAGGAGGCCCGCACCAGCGCCACCAUGCUGCUCUCUUGCGUCCUUCCUGACGCAAACCAGAGUGUCAUGCGUCAUGUCGCUGAGUUCCUGCUAAAAGUGUCCAAGAGGAGUGCAAAGAAUAAAAUGGACUCCGCUAACUUGUCGUUAGUCUUGGCUCCCACCCUCCUCCAGUCCGGAGGAGUUACAAAGAUGGACGGCAAUGCAGAGAAAUGCCUCCAACUGGAGAGGGAUGUCCUUCACUGCUUCAUAGAGAACGCCCACGACAUUGGUAACAAUGCACAUAACUCAGCUUGA